AUCUAGGUAUUUCUCAUGUUUCGUGACGAUAAUCCUUCAUGUGUGGCGAAGGAAGACCCAUCUUCAGACACUUCUUCAACUUCAAAUGCGACGCUGAGUAGGUGUAGAAUGGCACAGGAAGUGCUGAGGGAAUUGGAAGCCGCGGCGCAAGUCGUUUUGGCACCUCCAAACCUAAUUUCGGCAGAGCAACGUCAAUCUGCAGAAGCUGUAUUCUUGAAUUUUCGAAAAACAAGAUCACCUUAUCAACUGUGUCGUCAAAUUUUAGAAUUAAGUACUGUAGAUUAUGUACUAUUCGAGACAGCUGGUUUGAUAAAGACAGCUCUGAUACAAGAGUGGCCUACUCUAUCAGAAUCUGACAUUUCUUCAUUGAGACAAUAUUUGUUACACUAUGUAAUAAGCAAACCUACUUUAGCGCCAUAUGUCAGAGCAAGAAUACUUCAAGUUAUUGCAAUAAUAAUCAAGAGAGGCAGUGUGGAUGAUUUUGGACAAGAGAGAAGACAAAUAUUAAAUGAAGUAGAAUCUUUAAUUAGAAAUGAAGACUUACCAAAGCGAAUUUUGGGGUGCAAUAUUUUAUCUACGAUAUUGCAAGAGUAUGCAACAACUGCUAAGUCGUCUAAUUUAUGUUUGACAUGGGAGGUUCAUUUUAGAGAGAAGAAACAGUUUGAAGUAAGUGAUAUGAAGAAAAUCUUCAAGCUUUGUAUCGAAGUACUCAACGAAUUAGUCAAAAAAGACUUUGAAGAAUCAACAUUACCCCUUGUAAAGCAUUUACUUGCAAUUGUGGAAAGUGUACUUGUUUGGGGAUUUGUUGAUUCAAAUUUACCUAAAAGAUUCUUGUACAUGCAUACUGAAAUUUAUGACGUCGGAAAUAACCCACCACUGAGAUUACAUCCACAAUGGCAAGAUGUAAUAGUAGACCCAGCAGUAUUAGACCUAUUUUUUACAUUGUAUUGGAAAGUACGCAGUAAUCUGCAACUAGCUCAUCAUGCUAUGAAUUGUCUGGUGCAAUUAGCGAGUUUACAUGGUAGAAUCUUCACCACAGAGGAAAUAAAACUGGAAUAUCUGACAAAUUACAUGCAACGAUUUUUAAAACUUAUAUCAAGUAUUGAUAUUAUCGAUCAAGAAGCAAGUGGAAUAACUAAUAUUAUAAAAAAGAUUAAUUGUUACUUUAAAAGCUCAUUAAAUUCUCUUCCUCAAGAUUUAUUGAAGUCAUUUAUGGAAGAAAUGACGAGGUUAACAUGUUUAUUCAUAGAAGGUGCCGCACAAGAAGAAUUGGUAUGUGCUGAUGAUUGCUUAUAUAUGGAGGCUGUAGAACGUAUAUUUGAGACAUGGAUAUGUAUUUUAUCUAAACCAAACGCAUUAUUGCCAGAUUUUUAUAAGCAAAGCUCUAUUCAGAUAUUUAACAUAUAUUUGCGAUGCCAUUUGUCACCUCCUGAUGGUGUGAGAGGUAUCAGUAGUAAAAAUAUUAAUGAAGAAAUAGUAGAUAUGGAAGAAGAUGAUAAAGUUAAAUAUAAGAAGCAGUUACAAAUAGUUGGAAACUUUGGUAGACAAGUGCCAAAUCACUCUCUACUUUUAUUAGCGCAAUUACUCGAAGAUCGAAUACAUAAAUUACGCGAUAAUUUAAACGUAUUGGUAGCAUUAAAUGAACCUUCACCUCAACCCGCCUCUAUGAAUGAACUGUACGAAGAUUUGCAUUGGCUCGUUUUAAUAGCAGGACAUGUUCUUUGUAUGGAAGCAGAGGGUGAAACUGCAUUAAUACCUCUGGAAAUUAGGCGAUGCAGCAUGGAUCAGUCUCGAGAGGGAAAUGUUGAUGUGUACCAGACGUUGGAGUUUUUAGUGUCUUCGCAAAAUGUUCAGUCGGACAUAAACAGUCCCGCCGCCUCGAUCGAUCGUGUUAUUCGAUUAAUUACAGGCGUUUUUCGCUUAUGCGCCUUUGAGAAAACAGUUAUAUCGAUACAUGCGGAAAAUGUGCUCAGUCCUGAAUUGAGCAGCACAAUAAUAUGGUUUUUACACAUCUGGUCACAGAGCUACCUUUUACCAGUUGAAGCUUUUUAUUCUGAGAUAAGCACCACAAUCCUACAAGCUUUUGGUGUAGACAGUCAAGGCGCAUUGUGGACAGUGAAUUUUCUUCUGGACAAAAUCAUUUGCAACAUCAACACUUUUAAGAGCGAACCAACUCUAAUAAAGGAAACUAUAAAAUUAUUAAUAGCUCUUGUUGAGUCACAACCGAAAGCCUCUUGCUUAUUGAAAUCUGAACAGUUCAAAUAUAUCAUCGAGUUAGCUACGAGAGGACAAUACGAUUUUCCGCAGAUUAUCAAGAGAGGUUUGAUGAAUGCAGUAGUACAGGCCGGUACAGUGGUGCAAAAUACAAGUACAGAACAGUACUAUUGGUCGCAAACUAUAGAAGCCUUGCAAAACAGAUGCACGCAAUUAAUUUCUAAUGAUAAUUUUAUGUCAUCUUAUCAUCAAGAGGAGAUUAAGAUCCAAGUCAUAGAUAUACUGGAAUCUUUUAUAGGUAUAGUACAAGGUGUGCAAGGUUUGACGACAAAAUCCGUAUAUCGAUAUACCUGUCCUAUAUUAGUUGAACUUCCCAAAUUAUUGUCCUUGUAUCAUAAUUAUCAGAAUAUAGUCCAACUGAUAUUGGAGCUGUUUUGUGAAUAUACAAGGAGUGUUUUAUUGUUUUUAUCAGAGGCUGAUAGUGCACGUGUGUAUGAGACUUGUUUGCAAACAAUACAGACGUAUGCUCGCUGCAACAGUAAUAGGCUUACUGUAGAUUCGACAGCGGAAGAGGACAGUUUCCAGGAUAUUCUGUUACUCAUGCAAUUAUUAACCAAUUUGUUAAGUAAAGACGUACUUAACUUUAGUAAUACCGAGCAAGAUCAGCCUCCAUCUACCAUGCCUGCCGACGUUUUCUUUUACGGCUUAAAUAUAAUCAUGCCUAUCAUGACAAUAGAUUUAUUAAAAUUUCCAUCGUUGUGUAUACAGUAUUUCAAAAUGAUAGCCUUUGUAUGCGAUAUAUGUUCUGAGAAAGUUUGCGGCCUAUCUAUCAAACUGUUGCAGCAGCUUUUAGCAUCGGUGGAAUUAGGUUUAUACUCAUUUGGCCAUGACGUAGCUGCCCUAUGCUGUGAUAUUAUUCAAGUCUUAGCCAAGCAUAUUUAUACGGAAACUGCGAAGGGGCAACCGCGCAACGACAUAAUGGCACCUUUUUUGAAUUUACUGAUUAGUCUGAUUUUGUCACAUCAAAUGGAUUUUGAUUUGAUAACGAGCGCCAGUAUACCUCUUUAUUAUCUGAUAUGUUGUUAUCAGGAGCAAUACCAACAACUUGUACAAAAUAUUUUAUCUAUCCAAACGGAUCAGCAAGUAGCACAGAGAUUAGCGAACGCAUUCACAGAAUUAACUGAGAAUAUAGAGUUAAAUACUGAACGCACGCAUAAAAUAAAGUUUAAGGAUAAUUUCGACAAAUUUAUUAUUAAUGUACAGGGAUUUUUAAUGAUUAAGUAA